ACCGGUCCGCACUGUCGAUGCCGGGUACCGUGGUGAUAUUCCAGCGCGAAUUGCGAAAGUCGCGACAUGAAUCGCGAGAGUAUCCCGUUGCUCUGGAGGAACGCGAAUUCGGGAUUGUCACUGUUUUUCGCAACCCUGUGCAUCGUUGAUAUCUUCGGCGUGUUCCCGAUCAUCGCUUUGCCGCGCGCGAUCGUCCAAUGUGGGUUAUACGGAAUCCCACUGGUGCUGAUUGUCUUCGGGUUGCAAAUUUAUACUGCCACUCUGCUGGGAAAAUCAUGGAUCAUCGCCAGUACUCUAGAUCCGCAAAUCUCACGGAAGAAUCGAUAUCCUCUUGCCGCUGUGACGGAAUUAACAAUGGGUCCAUGUGCACGAUCUAUCGUCACUGUACUUUUGGAUCUGACAGUCUUUGGUUGCGGUAUUCCGAAUCUGCUGGUUGCUUCGCAGAAUCUGCAUUUAUUCGGGCUCAAAGUAUCAGGCCAGCGUUUCGACCUUUCCUUCUGCUAUUGGUUACUGAUAGUCGGCGUAUUAUUUUGUCCGUUAAUGUGGCUGGGCAGUCCACGGGAUAUGAAAUGGGUAGCGACGUGCUCUAGUAUAGCGGUUACUUUAACUGCGAUAUUAGUAUGGUGGAGCAUUAUAACUGAUGAUCGAAUGUCCAUGGCCACGCCAAUAGCCACUUCUCCGACGUGGGAUAAAUUUAUAUCCGGUUACGGCAUACUGGCUUUUCAAUUCGACGUGCAUCCAACCCUGAUGACAAUACAGGUCGAUAUGCGUCGACCCCGGGACAUCGACAAAGCCGUCCUCUUCUCUUUCAUAACGAGCGGAUCUCUAUUUACUGUUACCGUUGCCUUGGCCGUGUGGAAAUAUGGUGACAGCACGACUGCUAACAUCCUCGAAGCCGUGCCAUCAGGAUCAAUCUCGAACAUCGCUGUGCUGCUGGCUGCCCUUCAGCUGUGCUUCUCCAGCGUGAUCGGCUACUCGGCACUUUUCCAGCAUCUGGAGGAUCUGUGGAGCGUACAAAGAACGUUCGGAUGGAAACGAUGUGCCAUGAGGUCGGCGGUGGUUCUUCUCAGCGUAAUCGUGGGCGAAUCGGUGUCGCGAUUUGACAUCGUCAUGGCUUUGAUCGGCGGAUCGUUAACCGGGUCGCUGGUAUUCGUGUUGCCACCUCUGAUAUACAGCCGAGUGUUAGCUUUGAAGCAGAAGUCUACCGAGGCGGCGGUUACCGAAGAGAUUCAUUCGGGUUCCCGCAGAAGAUUCAGCGGCGAAGAACAACACUCGAUGGACAUCAAAGCUCAUUCGCGCUCGAUCUACUACGGUUUCCUCAGUGCCACCAAUAAUCCUCGCAGAUACACGUAUCUCUAUUACGACGACUUGAUGGAUGAUGAGGAGGAUUCACGACCCAACGAUCACCACGAGGACAAUCGAAACAAGGGAGUCACUCAAAUUCCGCUGAGCAACACGCAUCCGGUAGACCGGCCGUUCCUCAUCGAUGCCGCCGAACCGACUGUAACUCGACCUGUGAAAUUCGCGGAUAGUGUAAGAGAAGAAAUCAUGGAGAAAACAGCGCCGAAGAGAUUGUGCGAUUUCGAGAAAAUGGUUAACGGCUUCGGCUAUUUCAUCGUGGCGAUCGGUGUCGCGAUAACCAUGUCCUCGACGUACAUCAACGUCUGGAACACUGUACGUUACGUGCGUUUCACGCCGCCGUGUAUCAUCAAUGCCACUGCGAAUUAAAUUUCUAUGUCUUAAUUGUAAUUUUGGAAAGAAGCGAGCAAUGUGUUUAUACGUAAAAGCAAUUUUAUAGAAAAUAAUCGACUCAUACAAUUUCUCUCUCUCUCUCUCUCUCUCUCUUUUUCGUUUGUUCGCGCAUUUCUUUGCCCAAAAUUGUAUUCAACACUAACUUUGACUGCGGUUCGAUCGUUGCUACAUUUCAGUGUCUUCGAUGGAUGUCGGAAAGGCGACCAAAUAUUAAUUGUUGUAUAAGAAACAGAAAAUCCUUAUAUUUUCAUUAUUUUUAUUUAGCAACACGCUUCCAUCGAGUGUGUAUAGCCUUACAUCUUACAUGUUACUUUGUUGCACAUAUAAAACACAAAUCUUUAUAAUGACUUUAUAUCCAUGUAAUGUACCCAUACACACAUGCGCACGCACAUACCCAGGAAAAAAAGAUCGUAUGUGAAAUUUGCCCAUAUAUAUGACUAUAUAUGAU